GGUGGCUAGAGCGGCCACGGAGAGCAACAGCAACUUCCGGGGCGGGGCUAGGCGGCCCCCUCUCUCUUCCGCACAGGGAAUGUGGGCCGCCCGCACCGCUAAGUUCCGUCACUGCUUGGCCGCGUCUUCCGUCAGUCUGAGACGGUGCCUGAGACUGGGGGUGACCAUGGCAAAGAGCAAGUUUGCGUACGUGCGGGACUUCGAGACCGACGACACCUGCCUACCUCACUGCUGGGUGGUCGUGCGGCUGGACGGCCGGAGCUUCCACCGGUUUGCUGAAAGACACAACUUUGCCAAACCUAAUGACAAACGAGCUCUCCACCUGAUGACCAGAUGUGCCCAGACUGUCAUGGAAGAAUUGGAGGACAUUGUACUGGCAUAUGGACAGAGCGAUGAGUACAGCUUUGUGUUCAGGCGGAAGAGCAAUUGGUUUAAACGAAGAGCCAGUAAGUUCAUGACUCUUGUGGCCUCGCAGUUCGCCUCCAGUUACGUGUUUUAUUGGCCAGAGUACUUUGAGGACCAGCCGCUUCUGUAUCCCCCAGGCUUUGAUGGAAGAGUCGUGGUCUAUCCAAACAACCAAACCUUAAAGGACUAUCUCAGCUGGCGGCAGGUCGAUUGUCACAUCAAUAAUCUUUAUAACACGGUUUUCUGGGCACUGGUACAGCAAGCUGGACUCACGCCUGUACAAGCCCAAGAGAGACUCAAGGGAACGGUCGCAGCAGACAAGCAGGAGAUUCUGUUUUCUGAGUUCAACAUCAACUACAACAAUGAGCCGCUGAUGUACAAGAAAGGGACAGUGUUGAUAUGGCAGAAGGUGGAGGAAGUGACGACGAAGGAGGUUAAGCUGCCCGCCGAGAUAGAAGGACAGAAGAUGAAACUGAGCCAGGUCCGGGCCAGGCCCUUGGCGCUGCACUGCGACAUCAUUGGGGAUGCCUUCUGGAAGGAGCAUCCCGAGAUCCUGGAGGAGGACAGCUGACCCUGAGCGCUUCUGCCCGGGCAGGCUUACUCACCAAGGCGCCCCACGGCACCCCCACGGCCCCCUGCCUUGGAUGGCCCUCGCUGCCUUUCCAGCCAGACGCUGCCAAGCGUGGCCUGGUGAGACACGGCUCGGGCAGGGAAGGCCCCGGGAAAGGAUGGGCAUGGGGGCGGCAGGUCUCGUUUGCCUGCCAUGUUAGAGCAUGACUUUUUUUUUUUUUCAAAAUUUCAGUACUAUUUUUAUAAAGAAAGAACUGUAUUCACGCCUUUCAGGACGAGUCAUUUUUAGAUUGUGGCAGAAAGAUUUAUAAAAAAGUUCUUUUCACCUGCGAUAGAAGAAGAGCCCAAACCUGGCUCUCACCCACAGGAGGCCCCGGUGACGGGCAGCCCGCUGCGCCACCCCACGCCUGCGCCUGUCUUCGGCAGGUCUGAGGUCACACGGGUGCGUGCCGGCAUGGCGCCCCUGGAUUCGGGAAUUCCAGGGAGAUGCAGGGCUCUGUGCCAGUCUCUGAAGUGGGCACGACUGGCUGAGUUAAUGAGUAGCGGCCGUGGCUACCAUGUGCACAUGGCAGCAAUGGAUUUUAUGUUGAUGUCAUGAUCUUCGUCGCCUUGCGGGGAUGUGGUUUCCAAAGCCACUGACUUAGAGGUUCUGAAGAAGAGACGUGUAUUCAGAGAUAGGAAACAUGAGAAGAAAUGAGGAUGAGCAGGUACUCCAUGUCCUGUAGAUACUUCAGUUAAAGUUGCUUUCUGGUUGGAUUUUCCUGAAAAAGAUUCUUAGGGAGCCUCUAUAUAAUCGAAGCAGUAACAGAAUUCAAGAGCAGAGGGGCCAGGUGUGGAGGUGCACACCUUUAAUCUCAGCCACACAGGAGGCUGAGGCUGGACGAUUGCCAGUGUGAGAGAUCCUAUGUGAAAAGAGCCUGGUGGGCAUUAGUGUGUCCCUUGAGGCCCCACGUAGCCUGUGUCCGUGAAGGACUCAAUAGGUCUCCCUGCUGGUGGGCCAGCAGAGAUGUGCUGGCCGCAGCAUUAAAUCAAGGCAAGUUGAUGAUCUUGAAGGGUGGGGAUCACAGGGUGGAUGGUGAGGUGACGCACAUUUCCUCCUGUCCUCCUCUCAAAUUUUAGAGGAAAAGGAUUAUUUGCUUCCAUUAAGAAUUAAGAGACAGUCCACGUCCCAGUGCCUGGUCUCACAUUACAGAACUGCAGCCAAGAAGAAAAUGUAUUUUUGAAAGAGCAAUGCCUGGCCUCAUCCUUCUCUUAAUUGACACCCCAUCUGUCCAUGCCCGUUUCUUUUUUUUUUUUCCUCUUCCUGUUCUCCCACACACAGGAAGAAGAGAUGCAGCUCAUGUUUGGUAAUUGCUCAGAUCUCUUCAAGGAAAAAAAAAAUUAAAAAAUAAAAGA